AUGUUUCCCGUUGGCGCAUUACCCAGUAUAAUAUACGGCAACUUUAGUACAAUAGUCAAGGACUUUCAAGAUGAUUCCUUGUCGUCUUACAGCGUUAACUUGGCUCUUGGGAUUAUUUUCCUCGUCGUUUCCCUACGAUUAGCGACAGCGAAGAGACACUCUAUCUCACCACCCUGCGAGACAAUAAUUGAGGAGGCAGAGCAGACAAAUCGGCGCAAUGGUCACGAAAAUGCCGGCUUCCUGUCUAAAGAGGCAGCAUUUUCGCCUCUCCAAACAAUAAAGGCACUUCCGCCUUCCCAUGCAGUAUGGGACCAACUUGCGGCCGACCUACCUCGCCUGGUCCAGACCCAGACUGUCCGAAAGACUGUCACCAAGAUGCCACUGCUUGACUCAUCCGCCGAAGCCUUGCCCGACAUUUACCUCCAACGGGCCGCCAGCAUCCUAGGAAUGGCAGCUCAUGUGUUUGUUCGCAUGGAAGGAAGCGAGCCUCUCACACUGAAAUACGACCGUCAUAGCGAUAUACUGCCGCCGUCGCUUGAGAUCCCGUGGACCGUAGUGUGCAAACGCCUUGGGCGGCCAGCCCCAGCUCUCACCUACGUUGACGGGGUGGUAGCCAAUUUCACAUCAACCAGCUUGUCACACAGUGGCGUGGCGCUCGAAAACUUGGAGUUGCUCGUUCCAACCGUUGGCACCAAAGAAGAGCGCACGUUCAUUGGAAUAAUGAUUGAAAUAAACGCCAAAACGACACCAAUUGUCCAUCAAAUCAUAGAGGCCCAAAGAUCCGUCUUAGCUCAAGAUUCCUCCUCGCUCAAAGACGCAAUACGAAUUCUCCAUACACUCUUAAAACAGGUCACCAAGAUCCUAAAUAAGCUCCAUGCGAACCGAGCUCACAAGUCUCAUAUUGAUCCCAUCUUAUGGACGCUCACCGUAGCGAAUUUGGGAAUCCCUUGGGUGAAAGGUGCGGUUGGAGCGGCAGGUACAGCGCAUCCCUUCUUUCACAUGAUGGAUGAAUUCACCGGACGGUCUGAAUAUAACACGGGUAUCGGUAAAGAAGCGCAAAUUGUUCGAGCUACGUAUCCUAUCCAUUGGCGCCAGUUUCUCGAGGCCAUCACGAAAGUGUCGGUCACGGAAUACGUUACUACCUCAAAGGAUAGAGAAUUAAUGGACCUCUGGAAAACUUUUACAUCCUCAUACCACGGCAACGACGGUUUACUAGGACUCCACCGGCGAAAGGUGUUCGGCUUCCUUGCUGUCUCGUUCAGGAUUGGUCGAAGUACAACCAUUAAUGGUCUUGGUCGCAAGCGCAGGACCGAGCCUUGGCAAGAGGUCGAUCAAGAAUUGGAUAAGGCACGUCUAGAACGCAGUUUUCUCGACGCAUAUGAACACAAUCCGGACACCGAACCUAGCUCAAAGAAACUCUUCAUGUCCCAGCUCAUAAAAAAUAACUCAGACGAAACUGGUUAUUGGUUUUCGGCCAAGGGGAGUGUAUACGAUGCAAGCACAUUUAUGCAGAAGCAUCCAGGAGGGGAUAUUGUGAUCGCGUUGUGCAGUGGCCAAGACAUUACCGACAGCUUGGAGGCAGUCGGUCAUUUGACGAACCCUUCGACCCGCAAUAAACUGGAAGCCUAUCGGAUAGGGACCCUGGAAAAACCGAAAUUCGCUUUUUCACAGGCAGAAGAGGUUUAUACGGCCGCCGUUGACAUUGGUCAAAAGGCAGCCGAAAUGGAAAACGUGUAUCGGAGAAAUUUCCAGUUAUUGAAUGGGAAACUUACCAUGCUGGACGAACCAGAAGUUCUCACACCUAAGAAGGCACGCCACCUGCUUGAUGCAAAGAAUAGGCUUCAGGAUGAGCAUGUGCCGGGAUUGGCGAUGCUUCUGGAUGCCCUGCUCGAUAGUAUCGCGAAGUUGGACAUGAAGCUUGACCUGAGUACCAUUCGUGCGCAAAUGGUCGGCCUUGGGGUGCUAGAAACAAAAAUAGGCACUGCAAUCCGCUUAUCAAAUUAUGAAAUGGCGGUGGACAUGCUACAGAAAGACUUAAGUCGGCUGACUGAAGUAAAAGAGCUUGUUGCGAUGGUGCUUGGAACUUUCGAAGACCCUGGAUUCACAUAUUCUGAGCAAAGUCAGCUUGAAUCCAUUGUGGACACAUUAAGUGGAGUAGCCGGCCAAUUGGUAGUGCUUGCUGGGAAAUGA